AAAAAAAAACGCCCCUGGUUUGAAUCGUUUGGAAUAGAAGCUAAAAUAGAUAACUUCGCAAAAACUUGCCUUCACCAGCUUUAAGCUUAAAAUAAAACAGGACAUUUUUCACUUUCCUCUUCCGGACUGUAGAUGGCAGCCUAAUGCCAAGUGGGUUCGCUGACGUUGCUUUUCCACUAAAGGGAAAGGAAAACUUUGGUCUGGCUUGGAAACAGAUUCAACCCCCUGGGAUUAUAUUUGGUUGUACAUAUCAGUACCCCUUUUGUAUUUUUUUUAUUGUCACUGUUAGAUGGUCUUUUUCCGUUGUUGAGUUUUUUUUUUUUUUUUACAUUUACGCUCUCAAGACUUCGAACACUACUCUAAAAAUGGGUUGCCUGGUUUGCAGUGACGUGCAACCGAAAAAAGUGAACUUUCUACGCGUAUUUUUCUUUUGUUUUCUAUUCAUGUUUACUUCUGGCCAGAGUACGUUUGAGAAAUCGUCCACGUAUUCCGAACGGACGGGCGGUCUAUGGGAAACACUCACCGAUUUGUCCGAGGAAGCACACGGGUAUGUAGUGCACCUUGUCGGUGCACGGACGCUAAAGGCUGUACAAAAGAGUCUGUCUCAGGUGGUGUGGACUGUAGCUGGGGGGCUGGCCUCUGCGCUGAAUGUGACGUCACAGUACCUGACACAACUUCUCAGGGCAGCAGGAGUGGAGGUUGACUUGCAUUUAGACCACAUCACUCCCGAGAGUGUGGUUAAUAUUGGCCAGUGGGUUCUGCUGGCCCUCAUUGGCUACUGGCUGCUGUCCAUGGCCCUACGAUUGGUUGCGUCCACACUAAGGCGGGUCUUGUGGCUGCUGAAACUGAGCGCGGUCUUGGGUCUGUUCGGCCUCAUCCUGAGCAACAGCAACGCUGAGACACAGACCACUGCACUGCGAUUGGCUGGCCUGGGGUGCGUCUGCAUCUUAUUGGGCGUUGGACAGCCGGGGGGGGGCUCCGCAGUGGAGAAGACCGCCCAUCUGGAGGAACAAGUGAGAGCUUUGGAAAGACGAGUGAGAGAGAUGGAGCGGAGGAGGAUAGAGGAGUGAGGGAUCGAACUGGAGAGGAAGAUGGAGGGAUGGAGAGGGAGUGUGAUAUUGCAGAGAAAGGAGAAAGGGUACUCUUGUUUCACUGUUCUUAAUGUUCUGUAGUACAAAAUAAAGUUAUUGGAUUUGUAAAGUGUGAAUAAGGCAUUAUUUACAGAUACUGUCGACACCAUGGGUUUGGUUUCUACACUUUAUUGAGGUGGAUAUGUAUCUUCUAAAGUAUAUGGAUGCCAUUGAUACACAGAAUAAAAAUGAAUGUAACAUUCUUUAGGAAUAUACACAGUGUUAAAAAUCACUCCAUUAUACGUACUAGACUUGGGCACAGUUUGGAUUACAGUAUAUAUUUGAUUUAGUCGGUGACAAGGCACAGUUGAACCAGUGGAUAAGGUGUAAAAGCACUAACUGCAUGCAAGAGGAGCGAAAUCAAACAGACCCCAGUCAGCUAUCUGAAACCCCACCCAGGUCUGCUGCAUCUGUGAAACUGCCGUUUUAGACUCCAGUAACAAUGACAUACAAGGCAAGACAUAUAUUCAUAAACACAAACAGUACAUACUUCCUAUGUUCUACAAGGUUGGCAAUUUAUACAGUACAUUAACUUUAAAGUUUAUGAAAAUAAAUCAAAAGUGGCUGUUUUGCAGUUUCAUACACGUAAUACAAUGAGUAUUCAAGAUGGUGCCAAGGAUUCUGGAUCCUGAUGAAGACACCAGAAAAUUACACACAGGGUUGUCAUGGAGAAAACGUAUUGUUGUGCGAAACAGUACACAGAUGGAUUGGUAGAGAAAUGUAGUGAUAUAUACACACUGUGAAUACUGUGUAUAUAACGAGUUAGAAUAGAACUAGAAAUAAAAUUGUUUAUUUGGUUUAACUUGAGAUGUUUUGGGAUAAGGUCUAUGCAAAAUGGCGGACCCUAGGUCUACUUUACACGUACACAUAUCCAGUCCUCUUAACACAGAAGAGGGGAGUGCACCUCAAGAAAGCAUAAGAACAUAUGGAGAGUGAAGGGACAUUGAGAGGUAGAAUGCUGACUUCCUUGAAGACUAGCAAGUGCCACUGGGUCUUGGAUAGUCUCAGUGGUGACAGGAAUGUCGGCACACGCCACACCUCAAUCAGCCAUCACCGAUUGGCGUCUUCAGGAAUUCGUCAUGAAAUUACACUUCACCGGGCCCUAUUGUAUAGCCUAUAUUGUUCAUUAAACAGUCGCCGCAUAAUCUCUCUUCAUUCAGAUAUUCCUGACUCCUCAAUCCUACAUGUCCUCCGUCAUACGACAGUUCUGCACCACAUUGAAGACGCUGGUUUGAGGGUGAAACAGACUGCACACAUUCCUGUCUUGGCCGUGACCAGUUGGUAAUUUGAGCAUGUGUACAUGUAACCAAACAGCUAGAGACUUGAAGGCACUGUCUCCUGUCUCCUUCAGGGCUCCUAGUAGGACUCCUCCUACUACUGAGACUCGUGUGCAUUUGAGACACACACGCACAGACAUUUAAUGGCUUGAGGUUCAUCCGAGACUGAUCGGCGGUAUAGAGA